AUGCAGAAUUGCACACCGCUCGCGUAUCAGUUCAGUAGCGUUUAUUACCUUACUAGUUGCUCACGCCCUAUUGCAUAGUCUUUCUCGAAAAGUCGCCGCUUUGCUGUAUAGCCUUUUUAGACUAUUGUCUACAGUGAUAGUCUUUUUCGAAGCGUCAAGAGCGAUAAAAGUAAAACUGCAUAGUUUUGCCCCAUUUUUCAGUCAUUUGUUGUGAUUCCUGUGUCAUCGUAAGUUAUUAAUGUAUAAUUAAUUGAAUGGCAAAUAGGACUAUUGAUGCUUUUUUUUCUAAAGAUGAAAAAUUGAUGGCUGAUUUGAACAAUUUGGUGUCAUCUAAAUCUGAGGAGAUAAUAUUGUGUUCCGUUCCCAAUGAUUCUGGAGAAUCUAUAGAUUUAACACAAGGCAGCUCAGACUUGUCUGCUAUGACAUUCACAAAACAUAAAACAAGAACCACGAAAGAAUCAAAGACAAAUAUGCGUGUACUUCAACGUUUCACUUUGAAAUGGGUUGAUUCAUCGAGUUUGGGAUGCUUUGAAGCUUAUCGCAAUGACCCGUAUUAUGCGUUCUGUAAAAUUUGUUUGGUGAAAAUCUGCGUUGCGCGUGGUGGGAAAUCAAAUCUGAGCUCACAUUUAGUCACCCAACGACACUGUGACGCAGCGAAUAAAAUGAAGGAAGUAACGUUAGAGUCCGAAUCAAAAAUAAGUGAAUCACCUUCUCAAGAUAAAAUAAAUGAGGCAGAGCUGAAAAUCUGCGCAUGGGCUUUGGAAAACAAUGUACCAUUUGCGGCAGUCGAUAAGCUCGCUAACGUAUUGAGAGGACUAUCAAUAGAUACGAUGCUUUUACAGAAAUUGAAAUUGGGAAGAACGAAAACAACGUCCGUGGUUGCAGCGGUUAUCGCAUCAACGCAUCAUGAUGAAUUGGUCGAACGAAUGCGAGCAGACAAUUUUUCAAUUAUUAUUGAUGAGUCUACUGAUCUCAGUAGCAGCAAGACACUUGCAAUAGUUGUCCGGAUAAUGAAUAAGGAAUCGUUUUCUGCAAAUGAUCAGUUUUAUACAGCUAUAGAAGUAGAAUGCGCUGAUCAUGCUACACUUCACGCAGCCAUCGUCGCUCAGUUUAAUAGAGACAACAUCGAUUACAAGAACAACUUGAGAGGAUUUGCAUCAGACGGAGCAUCUGUCAUGAUGGGUAGAAGCAACUCAGUCAUGCGACUAUUCAAAAAAGAAUGUCCGGAUAUGAUAUCCAUUAAAUGUACUUGUCAUUCGCUAGCAUUAUGCGCCAGCUAUGCGUGCGAGAAAGUACCAGUUUAUUUGGAACAAUUGAUGCGAGAUAUAUACAACUAUAUAUCAAGCAGCCCAAAACGGGCAAAAGAAUUCCAAAGAAUUCAAGAUAUCGUUGACGUCAAACCAUUAAAAAUCCUUCAUCCAAGCGCUACAAGAUGGCUCUCUUUGGAAGCUGUUAUCAAACGAAAUCUUGAGAGAUUUGAUGAGCUCAAUAUGUUUUUCUCUUUCCAAGUAAAGUACGAUCAGAAUUCAACGGCAAUACGCAUUUUGAAUCAUCUCAAUGAUCCCAUGACAAAACCGUUGUUGCUUUUCCUUAAUUAUGUACUAUCACUAAUCAAUAAUGUUAAUCGUACUUUCCAAUCAGUUGAUUCCAAGUUUUUCGAAAUUUACAAUGAAACGAAAACUUUGCUCGCAGUAGUCCUGGGUAAUUUAUGUAGAGAAGAUUACGUAAUGAGGUUUUAUAAGGAAAAUGUUGAUGCAGCAGAUUUUGAAAACUUUAUUAAAUCCCCUGAAGAAAUUUAUGUUGGUGUUGAGGCAAAUCAAGUCGAGAAAUCGUUAGAACAACGCAAGAAGUUGAUAUUUAAAUCUAUUUGUCGUGAUUUUUAUAUUGAGUUGGUGAAACAAAUUUUGAAGCGAUUUGAUUUCACGAAUCCAGUAAUUAAAACUGCUGCUUCACUAAAUCCUCAGACCUUCAUGGAGCUGCCAAACCUGAAUGAAUUGAUGAUACAGUUUCCACGAUUUCUAGAAGGGAUUGACAAACAGGAGUUAGACAACGAAUUCAGGAGACUGAAAAUAAGUGUUACUAAGCUUAAUAUAUUGGAAACAAACAUGACGUGGCCUCAGUUAUUGGAUGUUAAGACACGUAAUAGCUUGUUUAUGUAUCCAUUACUGCGAAAUUUUAUUCGAUUUUUUUUGAUUAUUCCACAUUCAUCGGCAUGUGUGGAGAGGAUAUUUUCGUUGUACAAUGCUAACAAAACUAAAACAAGAAACCGUUUGACUUCAGACACCAUGAAUUCGAUUUUGAAAGCUAAAAACUAUGUUUCCGAGCAUGGCGGUGCAUCAAAAAUUCAACUCACAAAAACAAUGAAAAUAAAAUUUAACAAAUCUAUGUACAAGCAUCAUUCUGUAGAUUAUCUCCAAAACAGUACGAUUGUCAUUUAA